AUGGAAACUAGAUCUGCUAAGAGGAAAAGGCUGUUGAAUCGAGUCCGCUCUUCACCGGACGGCGAUGAUCGUCUCAGUGAUCUCCCCGAUGCUAUUCUCCACCACAUUUUUUUCCUCCUCCCCAUCAAAACCGUCGCUCAAACCAGCGUUCUCUCGAAGCGAUGGAGGCAGCUCUGGUACUCCUUCCCCGAUCUCGAUUUCACCACCAUCAAUCCUUUCGCCAAUGCGCCCGUCAAAAUCAGCUCCACCGGCCGGAAAAAAGUGCAUUCCUGGAUCGCAAACGGAGCCGACUCCAUCAAUCAGGUUUUGGCUCUCCGCGACCGGAAUUCCCCGAUAAGAGCGCUCCGAUUCCGUGCUCACGUCACUUUCUCCCGUCUCAACCGCCUAAUGCGCCGUGCCGUUAAGCUUAAUGUUCAGGAACUCGAUAUUGAGGUCGCGACGAACGAUUAUUUCAAUUUCCCUCGGAGUGUCAUUUCCUGCGAGACGUUGAGGGUUUUCAAGCUGAAAUCUCGUUAUCCUGGAUUCAGAUUGCCGCCUUCUCCGAUCAUGAAAGGUGGAUUUCAAUCGCUUCACACGUUAUCCUUGUCCUAUAUCAUCUUGUACGAUCAGCCUUCGCUUCUGAAUUUGUUCACGGAUUCGUCUUUUCCUUUGCUCAAGAAGUUGAACCUCGACGGGUGCAACGGGCUAAUGCAUCUGAACGUGAGUUGUCGAGCGCUGGAAGAAUUAAGCCUGGAGAAUUGUUGCCAGCUGGAGCAUUUGGAUAUUGUGGGAUCAAAGCUGGAGAGGUUACGAGUGAUAAGCUGCUUCGAUUCCUAUAGCAAUGACAGUUUGGUUAAAAUUGAUGCGCAAAGACUGGAAUCCAUUUUCUGGUCCAACAAUACCAUCACUGAUAAAUGUUGUUUACAGAAUUUAAUAUCAUUGCAUGGAGCGUUCAUUGGCUUCUUCAUCCUUUUCGAGGACCUCAGUGCGGUGAAGCUUCGUAGCGUAUCCAAUUUUUUGUCAGGGAUUGCUUCUUCCCAGUGCUUAAUUCUCGAAUAUCAAUGUGUUGAGAUUCUGUCAAAGAACAAUCACAUUGCAGGUGUCUCGCUGUGUUGUUUCAGCAAACUCCAAUCCCUGGAAUUACACACUGGAUUCAACAAGCACAACAUUCCAGGAUUAGCAAACCUCUUCAGGAGUGCUCCAGCUAUCCACACACUCAUAAUCAAGAUUAUCAACGAUCACAAUGUCGAAAGAAGACCCUGGAACAGGGACCUAUGGCAGCUAUCUAGCACUGUGGAAGAGAGGUUCUGGGAGUCACAAAGUCAAGUGAUGAAGUCCUUUUUGCAGCACCUAAAGAUUGUAAAGAUUCAUGGAUUUUCCGAGUGCGAGAACGAGAUUAGCUUAGUGAAGUUCCUGCUGAAGCAUGGAAAAGUGUUGGAAGAAAUGUUCCUAUACGGAGGAUUUUCCAAGUCCAGAGACUCACUACACCGAGAAAAAAUAAAAUCUCAGAUAAUGGGGUUUUCUCGUGCAUCUGGUAAUGCUAAGAUUGCAUUUGACUAG